GCUUCAGUCGCUUUGUGAAGGUGUCCAACAAGACUGGCGAGGCCAUUAAGAGUGACACUUACUGCGGCACCACCAGCUACAAUCCACCGGAGAUUCUCAAGCACAUUCCCUACGACCCUUUCAAAGGCGACAUAUGGUGCUGCGGUGUAAUGCUCUUCGUGAUGAUCAACCAGAACUACCCCUUCGACCGCCACGACGGCAAGGAGGUGAUGUACGAGAAGCAGAUGACCCGAGAGUACCACCUGGAGGAGGAGGUGGCCCGUCGAUGCACCGACGAGCUGAAGGACGUCAUUGCGCUGAUGCUCGAGCCGGAGGUGAAGAAACGAGUGGACAUCUUCAGCCUCUGUCAGCACCCCUGGUUUCCCAUCAUACUGCGGGAACAUGAGCUGCUGGGAAUGGUGCCCACUCUGACAACUCCCGGUUCAGCCAGCAGUCUCAAC